AUGAAGGUGCAUACAGGAGGGAAUUCACAAGAAGGACCACAAAGUGGACAACCAACUGCAGCACAUCAUCAUCAACAUAAGACUAUCUCGAAGAGGAAGAAUCCUCAACAUGGACAGGACAUCAAUGGAGUUAUCAAUGGGGCACAGAUCCACCGCCAAAGCGUUCUCGUCGCCGUGCCAAAAGACGAGCCCCAACUCACUCGAUUGCAUUCAAAUAAUGCACUUUCAUCCCAUUCCACCGAGGAUCAUAUUGAAUUGACGGUUGCUGCAGUGGCUGCAGGAACUGUUGGUGGGAAUCCGCAUCAUGAAGAGACGCAUGUCGGAGUGAAAUACGUGAUUGUCAACAAUAAAGAUGGGGAAGAGUUGAAAGGUGUCGAAGAGGGCUCAAAUCUGUUAGAGAAUAAUGGACAGGCUCUCGCUUAUCCAUCAGCACCCUAUGUUGGAUCAACGGAGUUCAAUGCAAUGGACGCCUAUCCACUCACUCAACAUCUACACAAUCCAGCUGGCGCCAACUAUGUCUACACCGAUCCGAGCUAUCAGAAUUACUACACACAGUACCAGCCGGCACAAGUGCAUUCACCGCAAUCCUAUCCUCUUCAUCCAUCACAACAUUCAGCCACAUCACCAGCUCUCUCCGGGAGUAUCGAUGACUCGGAUGGACAAUUGGGACACGCGGCUCGAGCAAGUCCACAAACGUUGAAAUGGUUAUAUGAGAACUAUGAAGUGGCUGAUGGAACCUCGCUACCCAGAUGUACUCUUUAUGAUCAUUAUAAGAAACAUUGCUCUGAUAUCGGAUUGGAUCCGGUGAAUGCCGCAUCUUUUGGGAAAUUGAUUCGAUCGGUGUUCAGUGGACUGAAAACGAGAAGGCUUGGCACGAGGGGAAACUCCAAAUAUCAUUACUAUGGAAUACGAAUCAAACCCCAAUCCUCGCUCAAUCAUUUCCCCGAGGAGUACGGUGGAAGUAUCACCAAAAAGAAAAUCCUUCAAUCAAAUGCGAAUUUGAGACGAUCGGAGCGAUUCAACAAUGCAACAAAUGCGACGUAUGCUCAGGAGACAGCGGUCGUCUAUUCGACUUACGAUAGAACAUCUUCAUCAACACCACAACGGGAAAAUAGCGUCGAAGAGCAUCCUUAUAUUCUCGGUGAGGGUCAUGUUCCCCGUCUUUUCCCCGAUUUCUCUACAAUCAGCCCAGCUUUGGAAUCAGUUAAGAUGGACCCUUCUCAUGUGAUGAAAUUGAUCGAGGGCUAUCGGCAGAAUUGUCAAGACAUUUUGUCGAAUAUUCGAGAGUUGCGACUUGAUCUCCUUGAAGACACGUGGACGAGUUUCUGGUUGAAUGAACAAAUGAGAGUCGAGAGGUAUCCAGUCAUGAAAGCCCUGGCCACCACUCAACUUUACUCGUUGUGUAUGAUCCCGCAGAUUCAACAAUGGAUGCUUCAAACAGACUAUUAUUUCUAUCAAGUUCUUAUCGAUGUUUUAAUGCCGAAUGUCCUCUCGCCGAGUAUCAAAUCCGACAUGAUCACUCAAAUUCGAAACGUCGCUAAGAGCCUUGAGAGUCAAAUGGCUAAAGCGUUGAGCAAUGCUCCACAAGAACUUCUCCAGAAGAAAGUCGAGGCUGUUAAAGUGCUCUCACAAACAUUGAGGAGGUACACCUCGUUGAACCACGUGGCCACAGCAGCGCGUGGAGUCCUUCAAAAAGCCGAUCAAAUCAAACAAAUGCAUUCGGAUUUCAACAGAGUCGAGAUGACUUGUGUGCAAGAGCAGGCCGGUUGGGUUUGUGCCUGUGAUCCGGCAACCGUGCAACACUUCCAGAACUCGUUUAGAGAAAACCUUGAAAAACAGACGACUCUUGAGGGAUGGGCACAAUGGAUGGAGGCUGUGCUUGACAAUGUUCUCGCCCGAUACCACGACAAAGCGGUGACCGAACUCGCCGAAGUGGCAAAGCAAUUUCUGUUGAAUUGGAGCUUCUAUAACAAUUUAAUCAUUCGUGAUCUCACCCUUCGAUCAGCUCAAUCAUUUGGAUCAUUUCAUCUGAUUCGGCUCCUCUUCGACGAUUACAUGCUUUAUUUAGUGGAACAGAGGCUAGCAAAGGCUUCUGGACGCCCAGCGAUCACAAUAAUGGCACCAGGUUUUCGUCCGGACGUAAUUCUCUUUGAGGAAACGACACAAGAGCAUUUGUUAUCGCACAAAGAUGAAUGGGAGAUCGUCGGACAAGUGGAUAUUGAGAGUGGCGGGGAAUUGCUGUACACUGAUGGGUUCCCUGUGGUCACCGAUGCACAAAGAGGCUUGAUCGACACGAACACUCUCACGAAA